AUGGCAGAUAUUCAGAGACCCACCGGUAUGGUCUACCCUGACCUACCACGAGCAGAAAGCAAUUUACGGAGUGCGAUGAUGCGCGGGUUAUUUUCGCAAAGAGAGCGAGAGUAUAUGAGUUACUCAUCUGAUAUUGCUGAGAACAAUAAUGUUGAGGUUGAAGAGCAUGAAAACAUAAAUACGAUGGAAACAUCAGUAAUAGUUAACGGAAUAAGUCGUAUAUCAAAUGGCGUUUUUUUUAGUGAUAAUGAGACAACUUCUAGCUUAAGCGAAUU